GCGGAUCUUCACGCCGACCGUCUCCGCCGUGUACAGCACUGUAACACAAGUAGCAAGACAGCCGGGUCCUCCUGCCCCGUCCCCUUACUCUGCACAUGACAUAAGCAAGGGACACCCCAAUCUUGCUGCCACGCCACCGGGACACGCGGCGUCCCCUGGGCUUUCACAGGCUCCGUACCCCUCAGGACAGAAUGCGGCUCCGACCACGCUGGUGUAUCCGCAAGCCCCCCAGACCAUGAACACGCAGCCUCAGACCCGCUCGCCGCCCAGCAGAACAGUGCCAAUACAUUGCACAGACAACUGGAAGAGGAGGAAGGUUUUGGAACAGAGUCCGGUUUACAGGUCCCUGGCUGGAAGAGGCUGGAUAAAAUACUGCAUUUUCGCAGCGGGGCCUCGACCUGCCCAUCACCAGGGAGGAUUCAGACCCAUACAGUUUUUUCAGAGGCCUCAGAUCCAGCCUCCGAGAGCCACCAUCCAAAACAGCAGCCCUUCCAUCCGUCCCGGCGCGCAAACCCCCACCGCUGUCUAUCAAACCAACCAGCACAUCAUGAUGGUGAAUCACCUGCCGAUGCCCUAUCCGAUGCCUCAGGGCCCCCAGUACUGUAUCCCGCAGUAUCGUCAUAGCGGCCCGCCAUACGUUGGGCCCCCACAGCAGUAUCCUGUUCAGCCACCGGGACCGGGCCCCUUUUAUCCAGGACCGGGUCCUGGAGAAUUCCCUAAUGCCUACGGAACACCUUUCUACCCGAGUCAGCCGGUGUAUCAGUCGGCGCCCAUCAUAGUGCCUACACAGCAGCAGCAGCCUCCGCCAGCUAAGAGAGAGAAAAAAACGAUCCGAAUCCGGGAUCCCAACCAGGGGGGCAAAGAUAUAACGGAAGAAAUUAUGUCCGGAGGGGGCAGCAGGAACCCAACGCCUCCCAUUGUGAGACCCACUUCCACACCGACUCCACCUCAGCAGGUGCCCAGCCAGGUCCCGGAGCCCAGCCCUGUGGCAUGUGGGACUGUGGAGAGCCCCCAUCUCGGUGCUGGUGCCCCCACCACUGCAACGAGCAGCCCGAAGCAAGAAGAGAAGCCAAAACCAGACCCAGUAUUAAAGCCGCCUUCUCCAGUGCUCAGACCAGAAGCUGCUGUGGAAAGGAAGGAUCUCGGCGGCCCGGCGAGCGAGGCCGCCGCCGCGGAGGCCCCGCCGGAGCUUCCCGCUGCCGCCUCGCCGAGCCCGGCGCCUCCGGUGGCGCCUGCCGCUCCUCCCGCCAUCGCCGUCGCGGCUGUUCCCAGUAAACCCCCGUUUACAGCUGAUCCGGAGGAGAGCCGGGAGCCUCCUCCCAAAGAGGAGGCCGCUCCUGUAGCCACGGGCGCCCCUUGCGCGGACGCGGACGCAGCGGCCCCUUCGCCGGCGGAAGAGGCCGAGGCCGAGCCCUGCGAGGAGCCCGCUCCUGUAGCAUCUAGUGAUAUCCCCGUGACUGCUAGUACUAACCUAAUUAGCGAAACGAACGGAGUUAGCGAAAGCGUGGCGGCUCCCGAGAGCGUGGCGGAUGUAGCCCCCGAGGAAGCGGCGCCCUUGACUGUGGAAGCGGAGAGCCCCGAAGCGCCUCCCGCGGACGCGGAGCCGGCGCCGGCUCCGGUGGCGCUUCCCGCCACUCCCUCGCCCCCGCCGACACCCCCGCCGACCCCUCCUCCUCCUCCUUCUCCUUCUCCUCCUCUUUCUGUUGCUGCUGCUGUGACCACUACAACUCCUUCUCCACCUCCUCCUCCGUCUCCGAGUGCCCUCCCUGCUCUUCAGGGGGAUUCGGAAGGAGAGGAGAGCACAAGAACUGCUCUUAGCGAAGAGGAGAAAGAUGCCGAAAAGAAGGAAGAGACUGAAGCAGAUGGGCAAGUGGAGGAGAGUGCGGAGUCUCCGAGUUUGAACUCAAGGAAGAGCCCUGUCCCAGCCCCAACAGCUCUCACUGCACCAAAGACGUGGAAGAAACCAAAAGAUGGGACUGAGGGCACGGAGGAGGCUGAGGAGGUGGAGGUGGAGCCUCAAGUGGAAGAGGAGCUUUCAGGUGACAAAGUACUUGAAUCUGAACCAGAUAAAACAAACCAUGGCUUCCCACUGGAGAAGGACGCCCCCGAAGUUAAGAAGGUGAAAGCUGUGGAGGAGAAUGGAGAGCAGGACGCGGAACCGGUCCGUAACGGCGCCGAGAGCGUCUCCGAGGGCGAGGGCACCGAGGCCAACUCGGGCUUCACCGAGACUUCCAGUGAAGGGCCAGUGUACCAGUAUAAACCAGAGCAGUGGAAGCCCCUGGAUCCCGAAGGCAAGAAGCAGUACGACCGGGAGUUCUUGCUGGAUUUCCAGUUCAUGCCCGCCUGCAUCCAGAAGCCAGAAGGGCUGCCGCCCAUAAGCGAUGUGGUUCUCGACAAGGUGAGAGGAGAGCCCAUCAAACAGGUCAAUCAGCCCAAAUUGCCCCUGAGAACCCUGGACCCUCGGAUACUGCCUCGGGGCCCCGACUUCACGCCAGCCUUCGCUGAUUUUGGGAGGCAGACCUCCGGGGGAAGAAGCGUGUCUGGAAGUGCCUGCAAAGUGCAGAGCAACCCUGGAUUGCCUUCCCUGGCUCGGUGCGGUUCCCCAGCAUGCCCUCUCUUGGUCUCGCCUCACCCACCAUUGAGGAACCUGCCAAUAGGGUUGUUGAAUGUUGGACCGAGGAGAUCUCAGCCGGGCCAGAGGCGAGAGCCCAGGAAGAUCAUCACGGUGUGCGUGAAGGAGGACGUCCACCUCAAGAAGGCUGAGAACGCCUGGAAGCCCAGCCUGAAAAGAGAAAACCAAACUGAGGACCCAGAAAAUGUCAAAACGCAGGAGCUGUUCCGCAAGGUACGAAGCAUCUUAAACAAGUUGACGCCCCAGAUGUUCAAUCAGCUAAUGAAGCAAGUAACAGACCUGACCGUAGACACAGAAGAGAGGCUGAAAGGAGUCAUUGACCUGGUCUUUGAGAAGGCCAUUGAUGAGCCGAGCUUCUCGGUGGCCUAUGCAAACAUGUGUAGAUGUCUUGUAACGCUGAAAGUACCCAUGGCAGACAAGCCUGGGAGCACCGUAAACUUCCGCAAGCUGCUGUUGAAUCGCUGCCAGAAGGAAUUUGAAAAAGACAAAGCUGACGACGACGUCUUUGAAAAGAAGCAGAAAGAGCUUGAAGCUGCUACCACUCCGGAGGAGAAGACGCGGCUCCACGACGAGCUGGAGGAGGCCAAGGACAAAGCUCGACGGAGAUCUAUUGGGAAUAUUAAAUUCAUUGGUGAACUUUUCAAACUCAAAAUGCUCACGGAGGCCAUCAUGCAUGACUGCGUGGUAAAGCUGCUGAAAAACCACGAUGAGGAGUCCCUUGAGUGCCUUUGCCGCCUCCUAACUACCAUUGGCAAGGACCUGGACUUUGAGAAAGCAAAGCCUCGCAUGGACCAGUAUUUUAAUCAGAUGGAGAAGAUUGUGAAAGAGAGAAAAACAUCUUCGAGGAUCCGGUUCAUGCUUCAGGACGUAAUAGACCUCAGGCUGUGCAACUGGGUUUCGCGGCGAGCAGACCAGGGCCCGAAGACCAUUGAGCAGAUUCAUAAAGAAGCCAAGAUUGAAGAGCAGGAAGAACAGAGGAAGGUCCAACAACUCAUGACCAAAGACAAGAGGAGACCGGGUGUCCAGCGGGUCGAUGAAGGCGGUUGGAACACUGUGCAAGGGGCAAAGAACAGCAGAGUGCUGGACCCCACCAAGUUCCUUAAAAUCACCAAGCCCACAAUAGAUGAGAAGAUACAGCUUGUGCCUAAAGCCCAGUUGGGCAGCUGGGGCAAGGGCAGCAGUGGUGGAGCCAAGGCGAGUGAGAUGGACUCCUUACGACCAAGUGCCACUAGUCUGAACAGAUUUUCUGCGCUGCAGCCUCCAGUCUCAUCCGUAUCUGCCUCAUCUGCAUCCUCAGAGUUAGAUUCUCGCAGGGCCUUAACUAGUCGUGGGAGCACGGGCAGGGAGAAGAAUGACAAACCUCUCCCACCUUCGCUCUCCCGUCCAAACACCUUCCUUCGAGGCAGCAGCAGUAAAGAGCUGCUGCUGGACAACCAGGCGCAAGAGGAGCAGCGGCGAGAGAUGCUGGAGACGGUGAAGCAGUUAACGGGCGGCAUGGAGGUGGAGAGAAACAGCUCAGAGGCCGACAGGAGCAAGGCCAAGGAGCCUGCCAAGCCAGAAGCGCCCCCAGCUCCCGUACAAGACAAGCCUUCAUUAUCAGAAGAGGAAAUCGAGAGAAAAUGCAAAUCUAUCAUUGAUGAGUUCUUGCAUAUUAAUGAUUUUAAGGAAGCGAUGCAGUGCGUGGAGGAGCUGAGCGCCCAGAACCUGCUGCCUGUUUUCGUGCGAGUGGGAGUGGAGUCCACGCUCGAGAGGAGUCAGAUCACCAGGGAUCACAUGGGCCAGUUGUUAUAUCAGCUGGUGCAGUCAGGAAAGCUGAGCAAGCAGGAUUUCUUCAAGGGGUUUUCAGACACCUUGGAGAUGGCAGAUGAUAUGGCCAUAGAUAUCCCUCAUAUUUGGUUAUACCUAGCUGAGUUGGUGACCCCCAUGUUAAAAGAAGGAGGAAUCUCUAUGAGAGAACUUAUGCAAGAAUUUAGCAAACCUUUGCUUCCUGUGGGAAGAGCCGGGGUCUUGCUUGCUGAAAUCUUGCACCUUCUAUGCAAACAAAUGAGCCAUAAGAAAGUGGGAACCUUAUGGAGGGAGACUGGCCUCAGUUGGAAGGACUACUUACCUGAAGGGGAGGAUGUACAUACCUUUCUCAUGGAACAAAAGUUGGACUUCACGGAGUCUGACUGUUCCAGUUCCUCAGAAGCACUUUCAGAGAAGGAACUCUCUGCAGAAGAGCUGAACAAACAGCUAGAAAAACUCAUCGUCGAGGACAAGGCGAACGACGAACAAAUCUUUGACUGGGUAGAGGCUAAUCUAGAUGAAAACCAGAUGAGUUCACCUACAUUCCUUAGAGCUUUAAUGACAGCAGUUUGCAAAGCAGCUAUUAUAGCGGACUCUUCUAGCUUCCGUGUGGACAAUGCUGUUAUCAAGCAGAGAGUGCCCAUCUUACUCAAGUACCUAGACUCAGACACAGAGAAGGAACUACAAGCACUUUAUGCACUACAAGCAUCAAUAGUAAAACUUGAUCAACCUCCUAAUUUGUUGCGGAUGUUUUUUGAUUGCCUGUACGACGAGGAGGUGAUAUCGGAGGAUGCCUUCUACAAGUGGGAGAGCAGCAAGGACCCAGCGGAGCAGAACGGCAAGGGAGUAGCGCUAAAAUCCGUCACGGCGUUCUUCACGUGGCUACGGGAGGCCGAAGAGGAGUCGGAGGAUAAUUAAAACUUAAAAAAAUACAGAGAGAAAAAAAAAAAAAAAGAAAAAAAAAAGAAACAAGUAUUUUUUUAAAAAGUUUCACGUCUUCGCCAAUCACAGUGCAGCAAGGCCAAUUCUCGCGCAGACCCCCCCUUCCCCCACACAUGCACGAGUGGGAGAGGUAAAAAUAGCUAAACACAAAGGUGAUCAUGGAGGAAAAAAAGGUACUUGAAAACAAAAAACUUCAAACCUGAGGGCGGGAGCACUAAACCAAAAUACAUGUAUUAUUUAUAGAAAAUAUUUUCUGUUUUAAUCUUUUUUUUUCUUUCCUUUUUAAACAAGGACUCAUACUUACAGAAACACAAAGCGAAAUGAAUCUGUUUAGCACAAAGAAAAAAGUUGAAAACUUUUAAUUUAUUAUUUUAAGGACUGCAAAUGCCAGUGUAAUUUUUAAAUUUGCAGUUUCUGUAAACAAAUUGUAUAAUAGAACAAAAGCAGAGAAAUAAAUUUCCCUCCCCUUCCUACGCACCUCAGUUUUGUUUCAAAGCAUGAUAACUAGACAAAACUUUCAAGGGGUUUGGGGUAAGCUAGAUGAGGAAGAGAGAAAUUUUUUUUAAUUGUCAACAGAUUUUUUUGCCUGCCUCUCAGCUUGCUUCAGAAAUUUAAAAGAAAAAAAAUAAUAAUCAAAACGUACAUAACCUUGGAACGGAAGGAAAUGCAUUUGAGAAAACUGCUGUGGACCAGAGUGCUCCGAAAAUAACUCGUUCAAAACAGUGCUACCCUGGGGGAAAAGGAAAACAAAAACAAAAGUACUAGUGAUACUUUCAGAACCUUUAGAGCAACUUUAAGGCUUGUAAAUACAUAGAACAAAUAUUUAAAAAAAAAAAAAAAA